AUGCGGGAUCAGCCAAAUAUAGCCGUGAUCGGUGCAGGAGUAAUCGGUACGACAGUGGCCAAACUCUUUCAAGACCAACUCAGAAAUGCAAACAUCACAGUCAUAGCUGAUAAAUACUCAGCAGACACUACCAGUGACAUAGCCGCUGGUAUCUUCAGACCAGGGACAAGUUUUAAGGGACCCACAAUGGAAAUUACCAAAAAAUGGCUGAAGGACUCAUGGCAGUUUUGGCAAGACAUUCUCAAGACCCCCGACGCUGAACAAAUGGGUGUUAUGCCCUUAGGGUCUUACAUAUUUUCAAAGGAAAACUACCAUGUCACUAGAAAUCAUCUCAUGGAAGAUUUGGUGCCAAUCUACCGUCCUGCUACGAAAGAGGAACUCAAAAUGGGCCCUGAAGGAACCAAAUUCGGAUCCUACUUUUCAACAUUGAAAGUCGAAUGCGAGCGCUAUUUGCCAUGGAUGGGAAAAAUAAUAGUCGAGAGAGGCGGUAAAAUGACACGCGGUAAAGUGGACAGUUUUGCGUCACUCUCCAAUUACGACCUUGUAUUUAAUUGUGCAGGUUUAGGUGCGAGACAUUUAUGUAAUGAUCACGAUCUGGUACCCAUCAGAGGUCAAGUGAUAAAGGUCAAAGCGCCAUGGGUCAAAUACGCACUUUAUGGAGAUUAUGAUACGUAUAUUAUACCGGGUCUGAAUGGGGUGGUAACAUUGGGCGGUGUAAGGGGUUACGACAGUUAUAAUUUGAAUUAUUGCAAGUACGACGCAGCGGCCAUAUUGGAGCGUUGUUGCGAGUUUCUUCCUAAUUUGAAAAAUGCGGAAGUCAUUGCGCAUAGAGUAGGUCUGAGACCUCACAGACUGCCAGUUCGUGUGGAGCCCGAGCUGAUAGAUGGUUUGAAAGUGGUGCAUUGUUACGGGCACGGUGGGUAUGGAGUGAUGACUGCGCCGGGCACCGCUAUCAAUGCAGUAGAACUGGGUGUUAAUUUCUUGCGUAGUAAUGUUAAAAACAAACUUUAA